CCAACAUAUAUACUACCUCAACAACCAUUCACCACCUACCAUCGCACAAAACACCAAAUCCCGAUGCUGACAAAAUCCGUCCCCCUCCGCUUAACCUCGCUCCGCAUCUCCCCUCCCUUCUCACCGGCAACAACCAUCCUACUACACACACAUCGCAAUGCCUCCACCACCACAACCACCACAACCACCAGUAGCACAAGCCCCAUUACAACCGCAACCUCCUCCUCCCAAUCCAACGAAAAGCUAGGCUGGGAUACCUUCCUACAGCUCCGCAAGCAACGACGCAGGUACAACCUCGUCUCCUCACUCUUCACCAGCGCCCUCGGCACAACCGCCGGCGUCGGCUACCUCGCCAAUAAAGAGAUCGACCCGACGCAGAUGAUAAUGGGCAUGGACCCGAUAAUCCUCUUCGGGCUUGCUACCGUUAGCUGUGGAGCUCUGGGGUGGCUUGCUGGACCGGUUUUGGGGAGUAGUGCGUUUUCCGUGGUCAAGAGGAGGAUUAUGGGGCAGAUUAAUGAGCGAGAGCGUGAAUUCCUCCAACAUAUCAAAAAGAACCGCGUCGACCCCUCCUUCCAAAGCUUCAGUAAUCCCGUCCCAGACUACUACGGGGAGAAGAUUGGGAGUAUCAAGCAGUACAAGCAAUGGCUGAAGGAUCAAAGGGCUUAUAAUCGGAAGAGUAAGAGUUUUUUGUGAAGGUCUCUUUUUCUCGUGGUGCUUUUCUGCAGCCAUAGAAGGCGGAAGAUGGGUGUGGGAGAUGGAAGGGGGGAGGUCGAGGGGCUAUUAUUGUACAGUUUCAUUUUUAUCUCUUUAGUCCUUUUACCUUUUUUUUUUUCUUUUCUUUUCUUUUCCUUUCCUUUCCUUUCCUUUCUUUUUUUCUCACACAUCACUUCUUACUGCUUUCUGCCGGGUUGGUAAAGUAUAUAUAUUCCUUUCCC